UAAUCGCCGAGGAGCAUUCAGCGAUGUUCUUACCACCGUAAAGGCAGGCUUAGUCGCAUUUAAUCGUCGCUUGCAUGUGGGUCACAAGUUGCAUUCGCCAAAGCUAACGAGAUAGAGGGUUUACCGAGUAGAGAGGAAGAAAAUGUGGAGCUCGGUUACUGCGGCUGGCAGUGAAAAUGGGCCCGCACCACCUUCCAGAAGCAAGCACAGCGCUACUUUGCUCGCAGGGCACGUAUAUCUCCUUGGCGGACGAAACGGCAAUCUUCCUCUCAAAGACCUCUGGCGAUACAGCCUCGCCGACAGUAAAUGGGAGGAAUUGCAUCCUGGGGGAGAAAGACCGCCAGCACUUCAGGAACACAGCGCGGUAGCUUACAAGGAUUGCCUUUACAUUUUCGGGGGCGAGCUCGGCUUUUCCGCAGGCACGGAAACGCCACUUUGGGUUUACAAUGUCAAGACCAACAUGUGGAGGAAAGUAAGAGCGCAGAGAGGUUGUGCGGUUCCCAGAGGUCGAAGAGGCCAUACUGCUUUAGUUCAUCGUGGUCAGAUGCUCAUUUACGGUGGUUAUCAAGAUCUACGUGGCAGCUCUCCAGAAUUGUGGGCAUUCCAUUUCGAAACGGAAUCGUGGCAUCUUCUUUCCUCCAGCGAAAGCGGACCAGCAGCGAGGCACAAACACUCGGCAGUUUUACACGGUGACGCCAUGUACAUUUAUGGGGGUAUGACCGACCUACAAGAGAGAAGCGAUUGCUGGCGAUGGGACGUGAAGACCGCUUCCUGGUGCCUGUUGAAGAACAAACCAGGACCAGGACCUCUUCAUGGACACGCAGCCUGCAGGCUUCCCAGUUGUAUGCUAAUUUUCGGUGGAGAAAGCGGUGGUUUAGCUACGAACGAACUAUGGAGGUUUCAUUUCGGUACGGAAACGUGGGAGAAAUUAUCAGUGCCAGGUCCUAAACCCCAGCCAAGAGCGGAAAGCGUUGCAUUGGCAGUUUCCGAACUGAUAAUUCGAGGGACCAAUAUCGACAAUUCGAAACCAAAACCGAGAAAUCAAAGGACGAGACUUUGUAACAAUAGGAUAUCACCGAAUGAAGCACCGGCUAGACCGAGCUUUCUUAAAGAAAUUUCGAAAUUGUCGCAAAUUAAUCUAUCGCGGCUAAGUCAUCCGACAAAGUGCAGCUAUUCCGUUUUAAGUGGCCAAGAUGACAACGAGGAAAGUCCGCAAGAGGCGAAUACGUACUAUCCGUUUCAGCAAGUGGACUCCGAGGUUGUCGAGCCAUCUACGGGUAUGGUGAAAUCACGAAGCGCUAAUACGCUAGCUCGUAGAAGACAGAAACAGCCGGAAACAACAUAUAAAAACGUGGACACGAACAAUUGCAACUACGCAACCGGUGGUUCCGGCAUGACAAGAGAUCCUAUCUCGGUACCGAAUUUCCGUGCUCUGACCUUGCCCACUCCGGUCCUGACACCUGUAGAAGUAGCCAGGCUUGUUUUCGUCGACCCAGACGAAAAUAGCGACAACGAAGAACGAAAGGAACCUCCUACCUCUAGGCUGAUAGAAGUUCAAGAGGAAAGGCGAGACUUCGCGGCUGUGCACCAGGCCUGUCAGCCGACACGAGGCGAGAGUUACAGCUCGCACCUUUACGAAGCGGCGCUACAAACACCAAAAACACCGACCACGUCAAAAAUUCCUACGUCCGCGUCGGUUCGAUUCGCUGACUUGGAAGAAGGUGAAGAAUCGACGUCGGACUACGCGAGUAUAGAAGCCCGUAGUCCCGGUGAUCCACUCGCCGACGACGAUUGGCAAUCAGGACGAAAGAGCAAACAGUAUCGCCCCAUAGUUACCCCAUCGACGAUACGCGAAGGUCAAUUCGGCUUUUGUAAUCCAAAUUACCUCGGACUGGAUGAAACGAAGAGUCAUCAUCAGCAACAGCAACAGCAACAACCUCAGGAUGGCAAGUACGCGAGAUUAUUGAACAGUCCACCGGAUAGUGUCUUGGAGGACGAACCGGGCAGAUCGGCCUCGCAAACGUUUGCGGAAUUACUAGAACUUCAAGAAAUUAAAAGGGUACCAAGAGCGCCGCCUAAAAGUUUACCAUUAGGAUCUCCGUCGAGGAGAGCAGUCAGUGCGUCGAGAGCCGAGAGACAACGAGCUAAGGUUGCUGCGGCUGACAUCAAGGAAACCGAGACACCAUCGUAUGGACCAGCGCCACUUUAUGUUUUUUUAGUUGGCGGGAAAGAAAAGGGUCAGGUGACGGUGUUCGCGAGGCCCGUUUCUUUGUGGAAAUUGCAAUUAGCGCCACACAUUUUUUAAAAACGAUAAGUACGUUUAUUGGUUUUAUGCAUUUUUACACGAAUAGUUCCAUGAAAUCGAGCGAUCGAUUUUCUUCGAAAGACUUGCCUGUUGCUCUUGAGGAGCGAACAAUCGAUAAACGCAAUUUCCUAAUGCCAAAUGAAGACUGCAGGGGAAGAAUACGAUAAGUCAAAUUUCACACUUUUUAUAGAGAGUUUCGAGAUUCGGCGCGUUAACAGUUCGCCUCGUGUUAUCAAAAUUAGCUUUUUAUUUGGUUUUUAAAAUUUUAGAAUUAUUGUUCGUCGUAAUAUCAAAAUUAAUAAUUACACCUUUGAUUUACACAAAACAUCGUCAACUCAUCGUUAAUUUUAAAAGAUUUACAUGUUUGAAUCUAAUAAAUUAUAAUCAUGAGGCAACAUCAAAAUCAGAGAAUCAUUGGAAAUAUACUUAUUAUAUUCUUCACCUAUGAUCUCCAAAUGUUACGUCGUUGUAGUUAGAAGAAUUUCUUAAUCUUUUACCGCGUUUAUUAUCGAAGACAACGUAUCCAUUUCGUUGACGUGCAUUCACGUGCUUCUUAAUAAGUUUAAUUAUGAAAAGUCUUCAGCUCUUUGAAGUAUCGACAUCGUAAAUUAUGCAAUUAAUAUAAUUUAUCGUGCAAUAUCAAAUGUGAUUAGAACAGCGAAGUACUCGAGUUUACAGCGACAGAUUUUAAAUUGAACAUAGUUAUCGUUAUUUCAGUAUCUUGUUUAAAAUAUUUCUCUUUAACUAUAUUAAACUAUAUUGUUUGCAUUAAACUAUAAUAAUUUAAUUAUUUCCGUUUUAUUACUCGUUUACUUUGCUACUUACAUUUAAUGAUAAAUGUAGUAGUACAAGAAACGUUUUACGGUAGAUCAGUGAAUGGAAACGCGUAGAUACAUGGAAAGUUCAUAUUGAACCGGUUCGUUUAAGAAGAUUGUUCUACGGUUUUAUUUAUUCAUAACGAAAUAAGCAGUCAUAUGGAACAGAUGUUCAUACCAAAGCGCAAGUCAAACACGAGUGAAAUGAAUAACCAACCCUUUAUCUACGAAUGCGUCCUGUCAGUCUUAAGUGGUAUACAAUAAGUCUCAUAGAAUGUUAUAAAAAUUUACGAUUAAGAUCGAUACGUUAGAUCCUAGGUUUAUCAUAAAUGAUAUAAUUUUUCAUACUAUGGUAGAUAGACGUGUAAUACGGAGUGCUAGAUUAUUCAAAUUUUUUGACGCGAUAUUUAAAGAUACAAAAUAAUAACAUCAGAAAAUUCGCCCGAUCUGCGCUUAACUGCCAUCGACUGUGAACACGGAUAUGCAUAGAAAAUAAAAUAGAAUAUCCAUAAGUUCGAAGUGUAACGAUCGACGUUAAAAGCAUUCUGAAUAUUAAUGGAAAUCGGUGUGUGAUUGUGCCCAAUGUGAAUAAUUAAAGUACGUUUCAAUUAUUCUGUGAAGAUUAGAUUUUUAUAAAAAAAAAAAAAAAAAAAGAUGACUCUAAGUGAAAUUUCGUCGGUAAACGUGAACUAGAGUAGAAUCUAAGAAAGCUACCAAUGAAGAUAACUGUGUCGAGUUUUCUUUUAAUUUCAUCACGAAAGGAGACACUUGUAACGCGCGAAACGUACAAUCGUGUAUAAAAGAAAAACUAUUGUGUUCCAAGACGUUUUAGCGAGUAUAAAACAAAGGUACGAAUCAUUGAAGUCAAAAAGUCUCCACUAUGAUUAUAUUUAUGGCGGUAGCGUAUCAUAGAUCCAGUAUAUAUAUCAUAAGUGAAAGAAACGAUAAAACAUGGGAGGUCUCUUGUUCAUGUAGAGUUUUUAUGCCCGCAAAGGCCCAAUACAUGUAAUCCAUCCAUAUAGUAGCAAAGGUCAACGUGGCACCUCAUAGGCUGAAUAUUAAAAAUCAUAAUUUUUAAUCAUUUUUAGAGCUACAAUAGUAAUAAUUUUAAUUUUAGAUAUACUUACAAAUAAGAAAGGUUAUUUGGCUAACAGUUAAUUUUACGCGUAAAAUGUUUUAAGAUAACAAAGCUAUGUUUGGUUAAAGGGCAUGUGCAAUAUAUAUAGGUGCGUAUUAAGUAUCCUUUGUUGAAUUAAACGCUCUGUUUAGUAAGAAUAUUUGAUAAUAUUCAGCUAGAGGCCGCAGGCACCCGAAAAAUUAAAGUUUUCCAUUCGUAGCACUAGUCAAUUUUACAUUUUACAAAUCAGUGUACAAACGUUAAGAUAAAUGUUUUUUCGUGAUGUCAUUUUUCUCCUAGAAUCUCCUAACCUAGAAUUUGUUAAUUUUCAGAUAUACAUAUUAGUAUGUACAGUAUUAAUCCGUGAUCCAUUUUUGCAUUGUAUGCAUGAUCGUUGCCCAUAAUCUUGACCAUUUUGCCAAGCAGCUAGUAACCAUAGUUAAUUAAUUAGUCGUACGAAGUAUACAUACUAGUAUACCGCCGUCGAACUUUCGAUUGUCCUACGUACAUGUUCCAUAUUUAAGACGAGUUCAAACGAUUCCGUAUGACGUGCAGUUUAAUUUAACGAGUUGGAAAUUUUGCGAUUUAAAAUGAAAAUGAAAGCGAACCAGUGCAUAUUUUAAAUAAUUAACAUUCCCUCAUUAUUAUUUUAAGUUGUACGUAUGCGUAACGCAGUCUGAUAGUCAAUUAUAAUCGUGUCAUUAAAUAUGUCCGUUGCCAAAUAAUACUUCUCUUUAGAACGUCAUGCCUCGUUAAAACGAGAUUCAGAGUAUAAGCUCGAAGACGUGGGUUAAACCCGAAAAAAAAGAAAUUGAGAAAAAAAAAAGAAUAACAGCGUAGCUGAUUUGAGUGCCUGUAACUUCAUGCAAAUAUAUGCAUCUCAUAUUUUUCUGCACACGAACGAUUUUUCGGAAAAAAACAAUUCACUGUGUUGUCUUCUGGCUUAUGCUUCUCUUUAAAGUUACCAGAGACUACAUGUCGUACAAACGAGGCGCAUGGAAAUAAAAUAACAGUAAAAGGCGGUAUUAUGAUAUAACAUGCCGAUGGAAGGAAAAUAAAUCGCGUGUUGUUCCAGUCGAAUUUCAUAUCACAGAACGCAGUAUUUUUUCAACGAGUAAGCCUUGAAGCAGAUAACCCGCACUCUGAUUUUUUCUAUGUUAAAUGUCAGACAAUAUAUGUAUGUAUAUUAUAUGUACAUCUAUUUAUAUGUCUCCAUUUAAAUGAAUAGUUACGAGGAUUAACACCAUUUUGUAAAUAUGGUGAUGACAAAAGUAUCGUGUAAGUUAUCAACAUCUGUCCAACAUAUAAAGAUUUUAUUAAUUAUUAUCUUUGAACUAUAAGUUAACAAAUAAUAAUAAAACAAAUAACUAGAUUUGUAUGAAUCGUUAAGUUACAUACAGUACUUUGUUUUAACGCGACAAAUGUAUUAUUUAUUAUUUUCAUUCGAGUUUAUGUAUGUAACUAUUAAUCAUAAAUACCAUAAUCAAAUUGUGGUAUUGAUAUAGUUUGAUAAAGUGAAAUACAAUAAUUUAGUAUCAGCCA